CUGCACUGCGACACAACAUUGAGAGGAAGUAUAAGUGACGCAACAUGAAGCAACGAACAGUAAUGUGCCUAAUCGUGCUAAUCGUGGCUUUCGCCAUGAUCCAGGAAUCCGAACAAUUGCUCUGGCAUCAUCGUCCUCGUUAUUACGAAUAUAGGCGACGUGGAUGUAGACGUGGAAGUACAACUACAACUACAUCUACAUCUACAACUACUACAACUACAACUUCAACGACACCAUCGACAACAACUAUGAUGGGAGGCAGAAGAAGGCGCGAAAUUACGGAAGCUCCUCCUGUCCUAUCAGCCAUGGCGUAAUUGAAGCAUGUAAACAAAUCAAAACGUUAUACUUCCCCAAAAGCGAAUGUCAAAAUGUUUGAUGUUUUAGUAAACUAUUAAACUAAAAAGAUUAUAUUUAGAAUCUCUUAAACAAAAAACAGUAAUAUAUCCAAUACACACACAUAAACAUAUUAAAUAUUUAGUAAUUAUGUACUUUUUUUUGAUUUUCGAAAGAACUCGCGUAAAAACGUUGAACGUAAAAUGUUUGCGUAAUCGAAACAUUUUACGGAUUUGUGUGAUAACAAUGUAUUGGCUUAUCAUUAGAAACUGCAUAAAAUUUUAUUAUUGUUAUUAUUAUUAUUUACUUGACAAACAGUUAAAAAAAAAAAAUAUCGUUGCUA